UUACAGUUAGUCAUCUUCGCUGUGCUCACAUGAUGAAACGAUCCAACACGACGUUGUACGUGACGCGUCACCAACAUCAAACAUGGCUGACGACGAAAACACAAACAUGGAAGUCGACAAGGAAAAGCCUUUGGCAGAUAAAGUUAAACCACUCGUAAACGGCAUUUCCCAGAGGCUAAACAGCCAGAACAAUGCCAAAGGCGAGAAAGACGCAGGUGAAAGCCGCGCCACGGCGGAAUACUGCGAGAGGCUGCAGGCGUGGAUGUGGCAGUAUUACACUGGAUAUGCGACCUGGCAGAGCUGGCUGGCAGCGUCAGCCAUGUCCUACCCGUGUUAUCUACAGUCAACCAGCGGGACCUCGACGCCACCUCUCGAUUUAAACCCCCAGAACUGGUAUAACAGUCCGUUCAGCCUUCCGUUGUCGCCUUAUUAUUCACCUGCUGCCACCUCUCCAAGCAGCCGGGUAGGUGAGACUCCUGGCGGGGCUGCAGUGGCAGCUCAGCCGCCGCAGCAGCAACAGCAGCCGCAGCCGCAGGAGAAUGGAAAUGCACAGAGACCAGGUCGGGAGUACAGUAUUCCUUCACCUCUCCAAAGACUCCUGGCUGAAAUGGUGGAUUUCUUCAUUUUGUUUUUCAUUAAAGCAACCAUAAUUAUCAGUAUUAUGCAUCUCAGUGGAAUCAAGGAUGUUUCCAAGUUCGCCAUGCAUUUCAUAGUGGAGGAAAUAGAUGAGGACACAUCGAUGGAGGAGCUACAAAAAAUGAUGCUUGUCGCCCUUGUGUACCGGAUUUUAGUGUGUUUUUAUGAGAUUGUGUGCAUCUGGGGAGCAGGAGGAGCCACUCCAGGGAAAUUUCUAGUAGGACUCAGAGUUGUUACAUGUGACUCAUCAAUUCUGGUUCAACCUAACAGGGUGCUUGUAGUGCCAGCAACUAAUGUCUCUCUGUCUGCAUCGACUGUCCGAGCCUUGAAUAAGAAUUUUUCAAUUGCCUUCUUUUUCCCGGCCUUCAUCACGCUUCUGUUCUUCCAACACAACAGGACUGUGUAUGAUAUGGUUGCUGGUACUAUUGUUGUCAAGCGCUCCAGGGCCAGAUGACGCAAUCUCCAGAGGAGAGUCCCACAACUUUGAGCAGGCACUACGUGAUGUUUUUGAAAAAUGCCUGCAGAACUCAGUCCUUUACUUUCAGAAAAAGCAGGAGCAUUACGAUGGUGGCAGAGAGAUCGAUAUGCACCAGUGUGAACGAUUUCAGACCACUACAGCGUGGGUGUGGUUUGUCUCUGACACAUACUGUAUUUCUGCAUGUGUGUCCACAUGCUGCUUUCAGAUUUGUUCCUGUGCCAAAUUCAUGUCUCUUUUGAAGACAGGAAAAAUGAUGGUAUUUGCUACCUUUUCAUUGAAACAAGAUUUGCCUCUUUUGAAAUACUCUUCCAGAUUAGGAGUGAAUGUCUUGUAUCACUCAGUAUUUAAAUGACUAAUCAUGCGUUUAUGAGAUAAUACCUUCAGUGUGUAUCUCUUUGUAUUAAAAGUUUGUCUUAAGA